CAUCUAUGAAGUAGCCGGCAUAAUAGUGGGCGUGAUGCUAAUUGUGUGGUGUGCGUUGUAUUUUUCGAAGUGUAGUAUUUGACAGGAAGUUCCCCAAGAAACAUCGGAAAUGUUAUUUAGUGCUUCUGUGAGAACGUUUUUAUAUAGAAAUAGAAACCAUCCAGUUUUACCUCCAAUAGGACCAAACUAUGUGCGCAGAACAAUCGGAGGUCGUGAGUUUGGAACUUCCACCUUCUAUUUGUUUUCUACCUUCCUCGAAAACAGUUCACUGAGAAAUGCGUUUCUGUCCCAGUUGAGGAAUUUUGAAAGUCAUCGAAGUGUCUUACAAAGGAAUCUCACUUUUCAGUGGUUUAAGUCAGAAAUGGCCAAGAUCCGCACGUUUCUUAAAAACCAUUCGUUUCAUAUAGUAAGAACUUGUACCCAACAGUGUGAAUGUGUUGUAGCUCAUAGAAUUAGAAGAGCGCAACAGAUUUUUAGUCUGUAUACUGGGCUGUGGGACGAAGUGGCGUUAAGAGAGCUCGGGAGAAGAUUGCGGCAACAACUGACAAGGAAAGGAAAGGAGUUGUUCCUCAGUGCUGUCGGAGUUUGCGCUUUUGACUGGGACAGAGACAGGAUUCCCAAUGAAGAAAUGUUGAGGUACACUGCUGAACUCGAAGAGACAAGUAAUCUGUUUGAGACAAGAAAGAAGCGUUCAGUCUGUUCCUGUCCUGACAAAAACUGCUGCGAAUGUUCUUGUUCAGGUUCCAUUCCAGGUUCCACUGAAGCAGUACAAUCUGAUUGGUUGCCAUUCAUUGAAGAAGAUGAUGUUCUCAUAUGGAGAAAACAGGAGGACAAAAUGAGAGGGCUGUAUGCUUACAAAGUGUAUGGGAAAUACAAUGAUGUUAGUGCACAAGCCUUCCUGCAAGCCCAAAUUGAUACAGACUAUCGUAAAGAGUGGGACAAUACAGCUGUAACCUUGAAGAUAAUUGAUUCAGAGCCUACAUCAAAUAGUGAUGUGAUCUAUUGGGAAAUGCAGUGGCCUAAGCUGUUUUCUAAUAGGGACUAUGUUUUUAAUCGGCGAUAUAUGGUCUGCAUAGAGAAAAAUGUUAUCAUUAUAGUGAAUAAAUGUGUAGAACAUCCUGGCUGUCCAGAAAAACCAGAAAAUCAUCGGGUGAAGGAAUAUUGGUCUUACAUGGUCAUAAAGCCAUUCACACAUUUCAAUGAGCCUGGAAUUGAAUUUGUGUUGACAUAUUUUGACAACCCAGGUGUUUCCAUUCCAUCUGCACUGUCAGCAUGGGUAGCCAUGACUGGUUUACCAGAUUUUCUGUCCAGAUUAAGGGCUGCUGCCAGGGAAUUAGCUUCAAGGGCAACAGUUGUAAAGGCUGAUACCCCAGUUGAAACCAAUAAUUUGCAAGGAACAGAAGAAAUUGUGGAUCGAAACAAUUUUUUUCAGAAAUUGAAUGCUGCACGAUUGUUUCUUUAAAUAUUUGUUAAGGAGCUUGUAUACACUGUUAAUGAGGAGAUGACUUGUUAUAAGUAGAAAGUUAUAUACAAAAUGAAGUUAACAAUCUUAUGUUUGCACACAGCUUUAUGUGCGUGUGUUUUAUUUAGCUAUGAAAUCUAAUUUAAUUAUUUACAUAAUAAACUUGUUUAAAAGCAAUUUA